AUGUACAAACACCAACUCUACCUCAUCAAGAAGUCAACAACAACACUUCAUCACAACAAAACUCUCGGAACUCUCAGUAAUCAAGUGAGAAAUGUAUCAAACUUUACAACACCACAACUUGUUAAACAUUUAAAAAGACAUCAUCAACACAGAGGAUCGAUUGUAUUUAAUUAUGAUCAAAUUGUGAGUGGAGAACCAAAAUACAAACUCUCUCAUUCAUCAAUGGAACCACUCUUGGAAUAUAUCUUGUCUAAGAAUGGUGCGGAUGGACAUGUAAAUCAUCAAGCCUUGUUUUUGGAAAUUUCACCAGUCUCUCAAAGUUUAUUCGGAUGUUUUAUUCAUAAUACUAAUAGAGGACUUGCUCAGGGUAAUGUAGAUUUGUGGCAUUAUCCAAAUGCUUCAGAAUUUGUGAGUGAUGGUUUAAAACAAAGUGAAUAUGCUGCUAGAAAGAUGGCUUUGACAAAUCAAUUCUGGGGAGGUGGAAAAGGAAUUAUUCAAACCAAUCCAGAUUUGGAUUAUUCAAAUUAUGAAGUUAGAAGAACUGUCAUGAACGAGUUUGGAAGUUUUGUGUCAUCUUUGAGAGGUGUUUUCUAUGCUCAGGAAGGUUUUGGAAUUCAACCAAAUGAUAUGGCUCACAUCUUUGAAAAGACUCGUUUCACUACCAGUAUUCCUAAAAAGUUUGGAGGUAAUGGAAAUAUUUCUCCAUCGUUUUCAAGCAAGAUUGUAAUUAAUACAAUGGAAUCUGCCUUGUCACAUGUAAAUUUGGGAAAUUUGUCUGGUAAAAUUGUUGCCAUUCAAGGAUUUAAUAAGGAAACUGAAGGCAUCAUUUCGAGCCUCUUGAGAGAAAAACAUUCCCUUAAAGUUAUUCUCACAGAAACUGAUCCACUCAAAAUUAAGACUGUCAAGGGUUUGUUUGCUGAGGAAGUUAACGAUCAAAGAUUGGAUGUGAGAUUGGUCUUUGAAGAUCAAGAUUCAAUUCUCAAUUUGGACGUAGACAUUUUAUAUCCUUCAUCUGGAACUAUCUUUAAUUCUUCCAACAUUCCUCUCGUUAAUGCAAAGAUUAUUUGUGGAGUUUCUCAAUCUCAAUUUGAAGAUGCUUCUAAUGAAAGACAAUUGAGAGAAAAUGGUGUCAUUCUCAUUCCUUCUCUCCUAACCAAAACCUCAAACUUUUCAGCAGUGAAUGAAAUUUAUGGUAUCAUUCCAAACAAUGAUCCAGAAAUUACCAAAAUGUUUUCCAAAGAUUAUGAAUAUUCCAUUUACAAUACUGUCAAGAAAGUUAUCGAAUUAUCAGAGCAAAACAAAAUCUCCACCCAAAAUGCUGCUUUCGAAUUGGCUGAUAAGAAAAUUAAUGAACCCCAUCCAUUCAUUCCACUCAGAGGUUCUCAAAUCAUUCACUCACUUGUUUCUGAUGAAUGGCAUUUGCAAUUACAAUAA